CUACAACUAAUCCAAAGGAGAAUAACAACUGCAGCUGUAAAGUUAAAGACAUCUCUUCUCCUCUGCACACGAACAUCCUGUUGUGGAGAAAGUGGUUAAGGSAAGAGGUAAAGAAGAACAUGUUUUGAAGCAACAACACCAUCCAGCUGUUCUCAGGUUACAGACAGACAAUCCCAGGAUGGGGUUUCCACCCUGCUGAAGGUGUAAGCUGCUCUAGAGCUACAAAGACCUUUGAGAGAGGAACCAUUUCUUUAACUACAAUGAGAGUUCCGGACUCCCAACUAAACGCCUGCGAACAAAGCCCUGCAAUCUUUAAGCCAAAUGUUUUAAGAUGGGCCCACUUAUCAGGUAAUGGACUGGGAGUGAAARAUUCAGAAAAGACAAAAGUGCAAUAUGUUGAAUGCAAACUGAAACACCAAGAAAAGAACAAAAACCAGGACGUGACAAGGUCCACAAUAAAGAAUCGGCUUUCCUAUAAGGUGUGCAUUCAUCACAAGGUGCCUCUGAGGUUCAUCAGCUCUGCUGUGUUUUUGGACAAGACUCUUUGUGUUCCUCUUGUAGAACUUGUCGAUGGGAUGAGAAACGUUAAACCCGCUUUGCACACAUCUGUCCUGACUUGUCGUCUUGGUGUCCCACCUGGCUGCAAAUCCACCACAGAUAAGAGACUAUUAGCCAAAACAAAUGAGGAUUACGGAAGGAGCAAGGUGUACGUGUUGGGCAGCAAAAAAUGCAAGAUGGGAGAAGAUGGUUUAGAUUACAGGAGAAACCCUCUGUCAAAACACCAGAGCAACAAGAUGGACCAUCUAGCACCUGAGUGUGGUUUCAACUCUGAAGCUGAUGGGUCAGACAUGCAGAAAAGUAGCACUUUUUUUGGAUUAUUGUCAUUCAGAGGCCCAACCAYGUCGAACACAAAGACUAGAAAACAGAAGGGGAAUGGAGCAAAUUCAGCAACAUGGAGCAUACAAGCAGGGAGAAAAGAGACAGAGGAAGAACAAGAAGAKGGCAAAUCCUCAGAACAUCAGCGAGUUUCCACUUGUCAUCACUGCUGCAGACUGAAAGAUGACUCAGUGGGAAGCUCUCCCAACACUCUCAGCCUAAAAGAGGCUUUGGAGCUCUUCCGGCCAGACUUCAUCAGCCGAUCUCAGGGUCGAGUGAAAAAGUUGGAGCAGAGAGCCAGAAGGCGGAAAGCACUACAGGACUCAAAUCUGGACCUGCUGCAAGGCCUAAAAGAAGAUCAAAAAAAGCAAAAAAGGAACUGCACCACACCGGAUCCACUUAGCGAUAACCUUUUCAAGCCAAGAGAGAGGUCUAUAUCAGGCAGAGAGAUGCAGCUGAGGUCCAGACGGAUUUACAACAAGCUGCCRGAGGUGACUAAGAAGAAAGAGGAAGAGAAAAAAAGGGCUGUAUCACAAAGCAACAGACUGCGAGCUGAGGUGUUUAAAAAGAGACUUCUGGACCAGAUUCUGCAAAGAUAGGACAGGUCUCAACAUGUAAAUAGGAUUCAGUUCUAGCAAUUUUGCAGGUUUAUGUUUUUUCUUAACAUAGUUGUUUUAUUAUCGAAGGUUUUGCAUUUAUAAAUGUAUUUUGUGAGCCACUCAUUCCUGUUAAAAAUCCAGUUGUAUUGUUGCUCUUUGUAUUUUUAUCAAAUUAAAGAUUGGGAGUAUGGCAGA